CCCAUUUACACCUUAGCUCCCACACCAUAACCGUCCUCACCACGAAAAUCUUUCACUCUCUGGUUUUAUAAAAAAAUUUUACCGCAAGAUUUUGAAUAGUUUUCUUCCUCAUUAUCAGUGAUAUUCAAUACAACAUGGGUAUUUCUAGAGACUCUCGUCACAAGCGUGCUGCCACUGGUGCCAAAAGAGCCCAAUUCAGAAAGAAGAGAAAGUUCGAGUUGGGUAGACAAUCUGCCAACACCAAGAUUGGUGCUAAGAGAAUCCACUCUGUCAGAACCAGAGGUGGUAACCAAAAAUUCAGAGCCUUGAGAGUCGAAACCGGUAACUUCUCGUGGGGUUCCGAAGGUGUCUCCAGAAAGACCAGAAUCGCUGGUGUCGUCUACCAUCCAUCCAACAACGAGUUGGUCAGAACCAACACCUUGACCAAGUCUGCCAUCGUCCAAGUUGAUGCCACCCCAUUCAAGCAAUGGUUCGAGAAGCACUACGGUAACACCUUGGGUAAGAAGAAGGCCACCGACGAAGAAACCAAGAGAUCCAAGAAGGUUGAAAGAAAGUUGGCUUCCAGAGCCGGCCAAGCUACCAUUGAAGAAUCGGUUGCCCACCAAUUCAACGCUGGUAAAUUAUACGCUGCUAUCUCUUCUAGACCAGGUCAAUCUGGUAGAUGUGAUGGUUACAUCUUGGAAGGUGAAGAAUUAGCUUUCUACUUGAGAAGAUUGACUGCUAAGAAAUAAACCUUCGGUAUCAUAUAAAUAU